ACCUCUUAAAACCACAUCAAACUUGAAAACAAUAUCAACGGUUAAGCUCCAAAUAAUCUCUUCAAAGGGGCAAAGACUAUACACCUAAUGGUCUAAAGGGUUUUCUCUGUAACUCAUAUUCCUCGCGACUCCUUUUACCGAUUCCGAUGAUUUUCAGAUUUUGAAGGGUUUUUGUUUUCCUUAUCGAAGUGAUAUAGUUGAAGAAGAAGAAGAAAUGGUAUUAGUAUUAGCCUUAGGGGAUCUACAUAUUCCUCAUAGGGCAUCUGAUCUUCCUGCAAAGUUCAAAUCUAUGCUUGUUCCUGGAAAAAUUCAACACAUUAUUUGCACCGGAAAUCUUUGUAUCAAAGAAGUUCAUGAUUACUUGAAGAGUCUUUGUCCAGACAUGCACAUAACUCGAGGGGAGUAUGAUGAGGAUGCACGUUAUCCUGAGACAAAGACAUUAACCAUAGGUCAAUUCAAACUUGGAUUGUGCCAUGGUCAUCAGGUUAUCCCAUGGGGUGACCUAGAUUCUCUAGCUAUGCUCCAGAGACAGUUGGAUGUGGAUAUCCUUGUCACCGGCCACACUCAUCAAUUUAAGGCUUAUAAACAUGAGGGUGGUGUUGUCAUAAAUCCUGGAUCUGCAACAGGUGCUUACAGCAGCAUUACAUAUGAUGUUAACCCAAGCUUUGUUCUGAUGGACAUUGACGGUCUACGUGUUGUGGUGUAUGUUUAUGAACUUAUCGAUGGAGAGGUGAAAGUAGACAAGAUUGAUUUCAAGAAAACAGCGACAACUCAAUCUGCCAGCUGAAAUAAAGAUUUGUAAUUCUUGUUUGCAAACUUCCGUUCUUCACGAAUCUUGUUAUAGUCUGAUGUAUGCUGGUUAUACCUGUGGAUAUCAAAAGCUUCAUAUCCUGAAACUGAAUGACAUUACUGUUUUCUUGCCGAAAAUUUUAGUUUAAACACUUAACUAUUUAUGACAUUACUGUUGCUUUACCAA